CCCCAGUGUCUCCCCUCCAGCCCAACACCCUGCCUCUCUCUGGGUGACUGGAGGCCUGCCAGUCUGCUCCUGUCUGUCACCAGCCGGCUGCUGGAUCAGUGUUAUCUGCAGUGCUAAGUGCCGCCACAGACGACAGGCCAACCCAGGACCAGCAGAGACAGCCAGGCCCGCCUGCAAACGGGACACACAGGAAGUGGGGUUGUGCUGGGGCUGGUGUUAAGGCUGUGGGUGGGGCUGGGUGGUUGAGGCUGAGGCUGGGGCUGGGGCUGACCCCCUGUCUGGCCCCAGACCCAGGGGUCCGUCCAGGCGCUAAUGCAGGGGACACUCAGCCAAAUUGCUCUCUAAUUUCCCUCUGGUCUCAGAGAAACCUCGCUUGUCCUUGAAAUUCAGACGCGUGUGUUUGGUCUGUCUCCAUAUCACUCCUCCGUUUGAUCCUUUCUCACUCAAUUUCUCGUUCCACCUCCCCCUCUUUAAACCCUGUUAAAUAUAAUAAUUGAUGGAAAAACUGGUGAUGCUUAAAAUAAGAUUUUUUAAUUAUUUUUCUUCAUUAACUUCUUUUUUGAAGAGCUUCUAAGGCUAUAGCAUACCCCCCAAAAAUUGCUCGAUUUCAAAGUAUGUUCCAUUGCAUUGUAGCUGUAGUCAAACAGGAGUUUCCCAGGUGGCAGGGUGACCAGUGUGAUCCACACGUCCACACCCAGAGGAGGGCUUACAGAUGCUAGCCAGGACCCUCCUCUCAGUUCCCCUCUCAGUGAGGGAGCACAGACACCAGAGACACGUUACCGGUACACAGCUAACCGUCGACGCCAGCCUUCUGUCAAGACGACAGCCUUUUGUCAAGACCCCCGCAGACAAACUACAGCCUUCUGUCAAGACCCCCGCAGACAAACUUGACAAGUUUAAACAAAGCUAUCGGGUUAAUCCUGAGUUAGACUAUAAAGGGAGGAGACUCGAAGGCUUCACACACAAGCAUCUAGAUGCCAGCCUGGUAGAGGUAAGGGCUGUUUGGCCGUAUAACUGAGCGCAUCUUGCUGAGUGUUUUAGUCUAGUCGAUGCUUAGUGAACAGUCGUUGCAAACUAGUUUCAUAUUUACCACAUUUUGUGGUUAAGCGAUAUAACACUAAUUGAAAAAGUUUAUGCAUCACUACUAAUAUCCUAAUUGUUUUAGCUCUUUGUUUUUGCAGUUGAACGUGUUUUGACAAGUCCUGUUCCUUUAAACUACAGGUGGUGUUUAAAUUUCAAAAAUGACUAUUUGUUGUGAAUCCUGCACGAGUCCUUUGAGCGCCCAGUGUGGUUCUCCCGCUUCGUCGCAUCCUCGCGCUAUGGAGACCCGCCAAACAAGCUGCAAAAGAUUCAGGUCCACCAAGGGGGCGUCCAAAGCCCGGCGCGACCAGAUCAACGUGGAGAUCCGCAGCAUGCGGGCCCUGCUGCCGCUGCCCCAGGAGGAGGUGGACAGGCUGUCCUACCUCCACUCCAUGUCCCUCAUCUGUGCCUUCCUCAGGAAGGCCCUCCUCCUUCAGGGGCUGUCGGCUGGACAGGGAUAUCAGAGCGGCCUGCCUUGCGAGGCCUUCCUGAAUGCUCUGCCUGGCUUCAUUCUGGUCCUCAGCGCAGACGGCAGGCUGCUGUACGUGUCUGAGAAUGUGUCUGAUUACCUGGGACACUCCAUGGUGGACGUUCUCCAGGGAGACUCUUUCUACGACAUGGUGGAACAUCACGACCUGGAAGCCGUGAAAUCUCACCUGGAGACGGACCCUACCUCAUCCACAGAGAGAAGCUUCAUGUGCCGCAUGCACACCUCCAAGUCCUUCAGGCUGCAGCACGGCAGCUGUUCCCUGCUGGUGAAGGGGCGCUUCCACCCCCUGCCCCCCUCCUCCCAGCCGGGCUCUCCAGACCAGCGUGUGUUCAUGGCCCUCUGCACCCCCACCGCCGACCGCCAGGGGACCAGUGCUGCCUCUCGCUCCCAGAACUGCUUCACCAGCAGCCACAGACCAGACAUGACCUUCACUCAGCUGUCUGACAGUGUGCUGUUCCACCUGGGCUGCUCUGCAGAGGAGCUGAUUGGUCGGUCCUGGUACAGCCUCCUCCACCCAGACGACCUCUCCUUGGGCGCCAGCUCCCACAAGAAUCUAAUGCAGGCAGACGAGGGCUCUCAGGUGGAACUGGUAGUGAGACUGCAGAGCAGAGAGCUCAGCUGGACCUGGCUCUACAUCUGUGCCACCAGGGACACUGGAGGCCAGGGGAUGAGCUGCACAAACUACACCGUCAGUGAAACUGAGGCGGCAUAUCUCAGGCAGAAAAUCCACAGUGACACCUACUGCCCCUCUCCCACCCCCCAGCUGCCCCUGGGCCAGGGGAACUGCCCCGGGAGGGGUUCAAAGAGGCAGAGGAGUCACAGCUGUGAGGAUCUCCAGCCCAGGGCCAAGGCGGCGCGUGCGUGGGACCCAGAUGUCUACUACCUGACGUGUUCCUCCUCGGACAUCGUCUCUCCCACCUCCACGAGCGACACGCAUGCCUUGUUCUGCACCCCUCCCUACAGCCCCACCUCCUCCCACUCCCCUCCGCAGCAGGAAGACACCAGCUCGGACUUCCUGUUGGACGUGUACGGCUACACUGAGCAGCUGCUGCCCUCUCCUGACAGCUCUCCUCCGUACUACCCCCACCCUGCCCACCUGCCUCUCCCGCUGGGCCCGGAGCAGGCCUACGAGCAGGGGGUCUACUCCCUGGCCGGUCCCCUCUCUCCAGACCCCCACCCUGCCCACCUGCCCCUCCCGCUGGGCCCGGAGCAGGCCUAUGAGCAGGGGGUCUACUCCCUGGCUGGUCCCCUCUCUCCAGAGUCCUGUCUGUCUCCCAGCUAUGAUUACCCAGACUGCACUGCUGACGCUCACCUGGUGCCUGACUGCCUGCCUGUGUCUGACAGUGAGAACUGUGCAGACUGUGCCCUCCACCCUGAAGACCAACGCCUCCCUGUGGAUCCCCCAGGGGGCGCCAGCUCCUUCCCAGCUCAGCACGUUCCCCAGGCGGUGACCCCCGACCUCUCACCCACCUCCACCUCUUCCUGCCAGUACAGCGAGAGAGAGCAGGAGGAGAUCAGCAUCCUGGCCCAGCAGAUCUCCUCCCUGGCCAGCAGCUUCGACAGGUACCACACUCUGAGCCCGGUUGGGCCCCCCAGCCAGCCCCCCUCAGCCCCCACCCUGCCCUCAGCGUGUGACUGGAUACAACACCCUCCCCCUGUCCUUCCACCUCUCAAAGCUCAACUGGUCCUGGACGAAGGCGUAUUCGACUGCAUCCUGAAAGAUCUGGAAAUGGUUCCAGAGAAGGAGGUCAUGCCUCCCUGCUUCAGCCACCAGGCGGGGCCACGCUGUGGGCUGGAGGUAUCCCAGAACAGACCCCUGGACGUGGGCUCGCUGCAGCAGACUCCUGGCCUGUCUCUCUCCUCCCUGGUGGAAGGUCUGGAUCAGUUCAGCCCAGCCUCCAGCCCCCUGGACACCCUCCCCCUGCCUGCACCAUGCCACCAUCAACACUCUGAGUUGCAUCAACUCAACCAUUACCUGCAUACCAGCCUCCAGCAGGGUAACCAAGAUGGGCUUGUUGAAGAAUCCAUGUACUGAAAUGAGUCCAUGACUUACAGUAAAACCACUCGUAUGACAUAUUGUCAAAGCAUUCUGGGGCUUCUUGGCCGGAUUCAAAGAAGACUUUCUGAAGACGUGUUUGUCCUGCAGACGGGAGCUGGUUUCCCCGCUCCUCUGAAGAGACCUGGGACGUCCCUGUUUUGAGGCUGCCUUAUGGACCAUCGUUACCAUGGUAGUCAUGUUACCACGGUAGUGAUGUGAUCAUUGUUGUUGGGUUACACACUGACCUGACAGCCUGUAAACAGCUGUUAUUCAACCUUGGUACUGAUGUUCCUGUUAUUUCUAAUGUUUGUUUGGUGUUAUAUAUUUGUAACACUCUGAUAGGGAGUUUCUGAGUAUUACUCUAAAGUUGAGAGACCAAAAUAUACUACUGAGCACUUUGUUAAUGUUACUGUGCUGUUUAAGGUGUUGUACAGGAUAAUAUGUGGUACGUAACUCUAAAGCCCUGAUCAGUUUGACGUCAACAGUUCAUGAACUACCUCAACUGUGCCUCUAAGAUCAUGUAACUAUGGUUACAUUACUGUUGCUAUUUAUAGUAUUUAUUGGUAGAGACACUGUUAUUUAGAGCUCCUUUGUGGAAAUUAUGAAUUCAUUCAAUUAGUUAAAUUUCAUUUGUAUCAGUGUCUAUGAAGAAGUACUCUUUGCAGAAUAUCUUUAAGUUGUUUCUUUUGUAAUUAAGAGAGUUACUCUCUCCAAUGUGAUUAUACAGUUUCAAGUGUUUUUGCUAUUUCAUUUUGUAAUUUUACAAUGCUAGUUAAUUAAACCAAUCAACUGUG